GUGAUAAUAGGAGGAGUUGGGAGGGAGGAAAGGGAGUGAGUUACUCAACUUCUUCCCUGUUUUAUCUCCCCGCGGUGUGGAAGAGCGCAGGCAAAGAGGUAGGUUUAGCAGACGCAGACAGGUCGGACUUGAGUCGUGUGGAGUUCCUGGGCGUUUUGAUCGGAUAGGGUGGAGUCCCAACGGGAGAAAGGAAUGUAAUACACAGACGAGCCGAGGAACACUAGUGGCAGUAUCGCGGAAGGGAUAUACGGCCAUACACCGCGGUUCUAGCAAAAAAAGACAAGGUAGUCUACAGGUUGAUGCCCACUUGAGGGUUUGAGUCCCUUCCCCCUAACCCCGACCCCAUCAUGGCCCACCGGUCCCAGAGUUCGGACAUCGGGGACAACCCCCUGGACCCUAACUUCCUGCCCCCCCACUACAGAGAAGAAUACCGUCUCGCCAUUGAUGCUCUGGUGGAGACAGACCUACAGGGCUACUAUGAAUUUCUUCAGAAAGCAGAUGUGGUCAGCUUUCUCUGUCAACCGGAAAUCGAACACAUCAAGACCACGAUCCAGACACCCAACCAGGCCCCGACCUCGAACGUACCGGAGCUGCCCUAUCAUGAGGCAGACGCUGACGGCUCGUCUGACACCUACUGGCCGAUGCACUCUGACACAGCAGCCCCAGGGUUGGACCUGGGCUGGCCCCUCCAGGCGCACAGCUUUAUCGGCCCCACCGAGGUCACGACCCUGGUCAACCCCAGCGAGCCCGACAUGCCAAGCAUCAAGGAGCAGGCCAGACGACUCAUCAAGAAUGCACAGCACGUCAUCGCUGUGGUGAUGGACAUGUUUACAGACGUGGAUCUGUUUUCUGACUUGCUGGAUGCUGCGGCGCGUCAAGUCCCCGUAUACAUUCUAUUGGACGAACAGAAUGCCCAUCACUUCGUCUCCAUGGUGAUCAACUGUAAGGUCAACUUGGACCUUGUCCACAUGAUGCGUGUGCGGACGGUGGCGGGAGUGACCUAUUUCUGUCGGACAGGGAAGUCAUUUAAAGGACAGGUGAAAAACCGCUUUCUAUUGGCUGACUGCAGGGCCGUGCUCAGUGGAAACUACAGUUUCAUGUGGUCCUAUGAGAAGCUGCAUCGCUGCAUCGCUCAUCUCUUCCUGGGAGAACUGGUCACCACCUUUGACGAGGAGUUCCGCAUCCUGUUCGCUCAAUCACAGCCCCUCACUGUUGACCACGCCCUAGUGCCUUUCUCCUCUGACAGCAGCAGCAGCAGUUACUAUGGUAACCAGUUUGGCUUGAAGCGGACCCAGUCCCUGCGAAACCCUCUGGGUUUCCAACGACACACCCCCGAACUUCCGGCCUACCCUUUCGGAGGAGGAGAUUCCGAGCGUUCUGCGUUCCGAAGAGAUGACAUGUUCCGACAUACCAUAGACCCAGGAGGACUGAAUCUUGGGAAGUUUGCAGUGUCACAGCAGUUCAGGAUGCAGCAGAGCCGCUCCAUGGUCUCCAGGCAGAUGGAGAUAAGCGCCAGUGACUAUAAGAGGCACAGCUACACAGAGGGAACCCAGGAGAGCUACUCCUCGUCCAGACAGUACAUGAAGCACAGAGUUAUGAACAACCUGGAUGAGACAGAGCAGCACUACCACAGGGAGCAGAGCCAGUCCAGCCACUACUACCAGGGUGGUGAGGGACCUGGGUUAGGACCUGGGUCGGGGCUAGAAGGACCUGGCUCAGGCCAUGGACACUACGACAGGCUGAGGAACAGACCAGCACUGGACCAGUACUCUGACUCAGGCUACCCCUAUGAGGAACCUCCUGGUCCAGAGGGCUACGGCAGAGACUACUUCUCCUCUGAGGACCUGAAACAUGACCCGGGACAUCCACCAGCAGGGGGAAGGUACGGAGGUGGCAGUGGCCACAAGAGGCCGACGGUGGGCCAGCCCUAUGCCUGCCUGUCGUCCCCCACCCAUCCGCACCCCCCAGAGAAGCAGGUGUUCCCCGUCCCAGCGGAGGCAGACCACGACCAGGACCCCAACGUCAGACAGGGCCUCCGCAGCUGGAGGAUCAACUCCUACCUCAGCGCCUACGGGGACACAGGAGAGGAGGGGCUGCUCCAACCUCUGGGCCCUGAUGCUUUCCAAGACCCUGAGUCUGAUGGGAAAUCGUACGCCCAUGAGGCAAGAGAGCCUCCGAAUGUCCCUUCCAAGCCUAGACCGGAUAUCCGACCGCUGCACUACAGCAAGCCCUUCAUGCCUGAGAGCAUGGGGAAGGACAGGGCUGACCGAUGGACCACAGAGUGGGAGAAAGAGAGAGAGAAAGAGCGGGCGGUGGGGGGGAGGGAGGUGGGGACAGACGUGGAGAUGCCGUCGUCGAGGGAGGCUCCGGGGGAGGUCUCGAUCUCCACACACGAGACGGUCCGGAUGCGGGUCAACCCGAUGCUCCAGAGGAGUUCCCGGCUGCGCUCCUCCCUCAUCUUUUCCUCCUCCAAGACGGAGACCCACAUGGGAGGCCUGGGCAUGAAGGUGGCCAACGAGGAGGACGAGAAUUCCGACUCGCUCCGCACCACUUCCAUCGUCCAACAGAUCCUGGAGAAGCGACGCUCCUUGACCCGGGAACCCUUUGAGUGGAGGAAGAAGGCAGAGGAGAACGAGAGAGAGAAGGAGAAAGAAGAGAAGGAGAAAGAGAAAGAAAAGAAAGAGGCUUGGUUGAAAGAGAAGGCUGAGCCAAAGAAAGAGCCCCCCAAAGUAACCUCAGCCAGCAGAGAGGUGUCUAAGAACCCCCUGGCCGAGGUGGACACCACGAAAGACACCCCAGCAUCUGCAGAUCCCCCCAAACCCCAGUCAUUUAACAUGAACAACCCUUCCAAUAGACUGCAGUACUUCAUGGAGCUGGCUGCUAAGAGGAACGCAUCUAAAGAGGCUGUGAUAAAAGAACCUCCUCAGAAGAAACCAGACCUUCCAGACACUCCUUCUUCCAGCACGACCGCCAUCACCUCGGUCCCCAAAGUCCCCUCAUUUCUCGUGACUGCUCCAGAGCCUGCCCCAAAGAAACCACAAGUCGCAGCCACACCAGAGCUAAAAUGUAAACCUCAAACCUCAAGUUUCAAAAUCUCAGAGCCUGCCGCUUCUACCACAGCACAGAGAAAAGACAGCAGCUCGGAGUCACAGAGGAAAGAGCUCGGUAAGAUUCUAAAGCCAUUCCCUUCUCCGAAGAUCUUCAAGAGGGACACUCUGAAGCCGUUCAAGAGCUCCAACCCACGCCACGUCUCCUGUGAUGAGGAAAUGCUAACAACGGACGCCACAGACGCGGAGAAAAGCGAGCUGAAGAAGUCUCGCUCCAAAAGCUCGUCCAGUAUGUCACAGACCGAGUCUAAGGAGGGGCUCCACAAGAACCUGGGCUCCAACACCUCCCUCAACACCCUGGGAGGGGAGGGAAAGGCCGACACUAAGCCCCUAGACUUCCUCAAGAAGCAGACCCAAAGACUCAAAGGUUUACUGGGACCCAAGGACAAGAAGAGCUCCGGUGGUGCGACAUCGGCAUCCAACGGAGACGAAAAGACCAUGAGAACUGUGCCGGAAAGCUCAGAGGAGCCUGUGAUCGCCGCUAAAAACCUGAGCUCCUCCGCCGACGCUAAAGCCACAGACUAUGCCACCUCCGCAGCCAAUCACAAAGCUGCGUCCAAAACAACAGGUCUGUCUCGGUACCAGAGCUCCAGUGGCUCAGUUCUGUUCAGUAGCAACCUGAGAGACGACACCAAGGUCAUCCUGGAACAGAUCUCUGCCAACAGCCAGAAGAACCGUCUGGAGCGAGGAGGAGGAGAGGAGGCUGGAGGGGAGAAGGACGUAGACGUAGCAGGGGAGAAAGGAGGGCUGGAGAGGGAGCCAACGCUUAAAAAGAACCGCUUCCAGAGGCCCCAGACCAACCCUCAGGAGAGAGAUAGCCUCCUGAAGAGGAUCGAGAGCAUGAGGAAGGACAAGAAGGUCUACAGCCGCUUUGAGAUGGGGAAUAACCUGGGAUAACUAAAGAUGGCUGAGGAACACAUUGACUGGAAGCUGAGUGUGUGUGUGGAGGACGUGCAAACACACACCAACAUGCACACACACACAUCGUUCACAUUCAGCAAUAUAUGUGCCAAACACAUCAUCAGAAGACCAGAGAGAGAGGGAGAACACACUGAACACAAGAACAGCAGAUACCUCCUGUGACUUCAGACUGCAGUCUUCGCGGAUGAUCAGACGAUACUGUACUAAACCUUUAAAAGACUGACUAUGAAACAUGAGAUGAAACAGUACCCAUAUUAGGCAAACGUUGUCUGGUUGGUUUUUGCCUUAUAUGGACUUCAUGGGACAACUUUUCACCGAUUCACCACAAUCCUUUGUCCACGCCUAGAGUGAGAGAGAGUGUAUGUGUGAGAGAAAGUGUGUUGUGUGUGCAUGUUUUACUGCAAGAAAGCAACUGAACACAUGCCCAGCCAUCAAACAUGCCUGUACAGAACAGCACACUCCCUGUGCCAGUCGUAUGUAUGUAUGUGUGUGUGUGUCUGUGUGUGUGGAAACUGGUAAUGCUGAAAGUAUGUCUGGGUUUACACUGUGCCAACGGAGCGCCACGUCUCGUCGAACCCAGAGAACUAUUAUUAACCAGUCUCCACACUAAAGACAGCAGAGAGGGAGAGAGAGAAAAUGAUAGAGGGAGAGAGGAAAAAUACAGAUUAACCCAGCUAGCACAUUUGGUUCCUUGGAAGUUGUGGGAAUGUACGUUUUUUGUUUUCCAUUGGUUCUCAGAACAAAGCUAUACGUUUCCUGACUGGUAAAACUGAACAUCUUUUAAACAUUCUGAGAACGGAAGUGAACAUUUUGCCUGUUCUGAGAACAUUUUUAAGUUGCAGGGAGGUUCUGAGGACGUUUUACUGUGCUUCCUUGAAGGUUUUUAAGUUGCAGGGAGGUUCUGAGGACGUUUUACUGUGCUUCCUUGAAGGUUUUUAAGUUGCAGGGAGGUUCUGAGGACGUUUUACUGUGCUUUCUUGAAGGUUUUUAAGUUGCAGGGAGGUUCUGAGGACGUUUUACUGUGCUUCCUUGAAGGUUUUUAAGUUGCAGGGAGGUUCUGAGGACGUUUUACUGUGCUUUCUUGAAGGUUUUUAAGUUGCAGGGAGGUUCUGAGAACAUUUUACUGCGGUUCCCUGAAGGUUUUCUUGGGAGGUUUUAUUAAUGUUUUGCGAACGGAAAUGAUUAAUUAUUUGAAGGUAAUUAAAUAACGUUCUGAGAACAUGUUUCAAUCAUGCAAACACAUGUAUUUUUUCAUUGUGGUAUGGCGUCAGUGAGAUUCAAACCUAUGAUCUUAUGUUCUCUAGCUAUGAGGUUUAAAAUACUUUUGUUGAUGCUGAAUGUAUACGUUUUUAAAUAACAUUCUUAGAAUGAUCUUUGAAAGCUAUUAAUGUUUUCUUGUGUUUUUUAUGGAAAGUUUUCUUAAUGUUCUUAGAGCAUGACGUUAAAUAUAACAAUGAGGAAACCUGCAGAAAACGUUAUGCUGAGGUACUGAAAUUCCCACAGAAGAUUGUUGUUUCUUAAUGUUCUCUGAACAUUAUGAAAACAUUACUUUAAAUAGAACCAUGAGGAAACCUGCGGAAAACUUUACACUUAAGCACUGAAAUUCCACCUAAGAAACAUGGAUCUCAGAACCUUAUGUGCUAGCUGGGUAUCCUGCACCAUUCCAAGAAAUGUGUUUGAAGUUUGAAUGCAAAAUAACCAUAGGACAACCACACUCUCACCAAGCUCUAAGAAACAUAUUGUUCUCAGAAUUUUAUGUGCUAGCUGGGAAAGGAGAUGGAAAGAGAUGGACCAACAGGGUAAGAGAAUUAGAUACUGUGUAUAUGGCUUGCAGGUCUUUACAAUUUUGUAUUUAUUAAUUAAAUCACCAGUACCUUAGAAGACAAAUUGAGAUUGAGACUGCUUCGUUGCAGCCCUGUGUGGAUGCAGGUACCUUGAAAACGUAGUGAGUUGGAUAGGGUCUGAGUGAUUUUUCCACCACAAAACCUUCACCUAUCCGGUCAAGUCAGGUCAGACAUCUUUGAUGAAGAAACAUAGGGAAGAAGGAAGGAAGGAUGCAUUUCUAAAAUGUUGUAUUUUAUACAAGAGUAUAAAAACUUUCACGCCUUGAGUCUGUCAGUUUGUCUCUGUUCACUACACCAGAAGUGGAAAUAAUAUUUCCAAGUACAUGAACACACUCUGUAAAAAUACUUAGUGAGGGAAUAGAGUUAUGAAUAAUGAAUUAGUGUUGUGUUCGAAACCACCUAAAGCGUGACUGUUUCAAGAUUUAGACCGUAACAAAUCGAGUCCUUCUCAAAACCGAGACGUUUAUUUAACUAGGCAAGUCAGUUAAGAAAAAAAUCUUAUUUACAAUUACGGCCUACCCCGGCCAAACCCGGACGACGCUGGGCCAAUUGUGUGCCGCACUAUGGGACUCCCAAUCAUGGCCGGAUGUGAUACAGCCUGGAUUCAUACCAGGGACUGUAGUCACACCUCUUGCACUGAGAUGCAGUGCCUUAGACCGCUGCGCCACUCGCAAGCUAAGACCGAGACCAGGAGGGAGACAAGGGGUUCCGAGACUUAAGUCAAGACCAUGAUAGUAAUAUAGUCACAGCUGUGUAUAGUCACAGAAAAAACGAUAUGGGUGGGAAACGUCUGUCACUCACCCACUCCAUGACAUCCUCCUAGCAGCUAGCUAACGUUAGGCUCCAUAUUUUUUAGCUUGAUACGCUAGCCUAUAGCCACGUUAUGACCGACUAGUUAGAUUCUAUUGACAUUCUCAGUCUUAGUUACAUUUGUCAGUUCUUGUCCAGAAUAUUGAGUCAUUGAAACUGAAACGGUGCAUCCCGAAUGGAUGCCGCAAACAAUGUACCAGGUCAGCUGUGAUUUACAACCUGAUAGCAAUAUUUUUUGAACAACCAAGAAAUGUUUUGGUGAAUUACAUGAAUCAUGCAUUGAACUGCAUCAUGGAACGUUGAGUCAAAUUGAACCUAUUUUUAAAACCUCUUAUAAAGUUGGUUUUGUAGCGUCAAGUGAGAAUUGUAUAUUUUUUUUACUGAUAUUAUGAUUGUCUGUUUGUAGUUAAAACUAGUGAUGCACCGCUAUGACAUUUCUGGCCAUACCGAUAUCUAAUAUCUUUCUUGCCAAAAAACCUGAUACCGAUAACUAAUAUUUAACAUUUUAGCCGCUUUUUAAGCAUUCUAGUACAGUUAAAUAGUUAACACACACACACAUGGACGCGGCAAGAGGCGUCACUACAGUCCCUGGUUCGAUUCCAGGCUGUAUCACAUCCGGCCGUGAUUGGGAAUCCCAUAGGGCAUCGCACAAUUGGCCCAGCGUCGUCCGGGCCAUCAUUGUAAAAAAUGAUUUGUUCUUAACUGACUUGCCUAGUUAAAUAAAGGUUACAGAUUCACACACACACACACACCACACUGACCAGAAAGUUAUUCUGUUGGCAUUUACGUAUGUCCCCAUUACCAGUAAAACAUAAUCAAAAACGAUUUACUUAACUUACUUGCUGUGCUGUUUCGUUGUUCAUUUGUUCAGUCAUUUCAUUCUCAACCAGGAUUUCUAUGGAACACGUUUGGGUCUUUGCGUGUCAAAAAAGAUACACAUCAAAUAACAGUAUUUGAUGUGUCAAAUAAGCUUGUUUACCAAUCAGGACCUGAAUGUGACUGCACAUCACAUAAUAAUUGAACGCAUUCAUAAUGUUUUUACGUAGUUAUUACACAUUGAUUACACUAUCACUCGUAUUUCAUAUGUCACAAUGAUUAAUCAAUACGUAUGCUAUGAUGCUGGUAAAGUUGUCUCGCGCACCAACAGUGCUGGUUAUAAAAAAAGCUAGCUAGCUCAUGGAUGCAAAAAAAUCUAUUUCAGUAGCUAUAAUUAGCUAACUAACUAUAGAGCUAGGUGUCAUCAUCUCAAAUAACCCUAAUUUAUAAGACAGUUCUUAUAGCUAAAGCUAGCUACCCCAGAAGGUCAAACAAAUGAACGUUAUGCUUUAUUACCAACGCGGUAUUGUAAACACAUCGUUCAUGGCCGGUGUACUUUUUUUGUACGGCUUUGACAGUGCUACUGUAUCUUUUUUGACACGCAAAGACCCAAACGGCGUUCCAUAGUAUGUAUGUUGUGAAGCUAAUAGCAGUGAUGCUAUUACUGUGUAACUCCGGUAGGGCAACAUCUGAAAAAUAAUGCACUUGGUAGUGUGUACAGGUGCUCAACCAGUCGGCAAAUUGUCAAGGGCAAUGAAUUCCAUCAUCUUGGCUUUAAUGGAUUUUGCCUUUGAGUUGUCUCGCUGAAAUGUUCUUACUCUUUCAAAUGACUGCUGGACUUGUUGACUGCUUGAUCCACACAGCAGACAUUGUGGGCUAGGUUAGGAAUGCUGUGUUGCACGUGUAGGGCAACAUUUUAUGUGGUGUCAUUACGUCAUGACUACGUUAUAUAAGUAUGCACAGUAGCUUUGACAAAUGGUUUUUGCCAUUUUUUGCUAAUAUCGUCCGAUUCCGAUAUGUUCACCGAUAUAUCGUGCAACCCUAGUUAUAACGCUGUCAUUUUCACUUUAAACUUUAGGUCACCGGUUACUUUGUUUGCUAAACAUGAAAUGUGUUUUGCAAUGGAAGUAAUAGUUGUACAUUUUGAUUGGGAAAUGCCUUAUGGUUGUGUUUUUGUGUUCUUAUGAUUGGGACCUACUGGCUUAUUAUGUCUGAGUUUAUGGACUGCUUAUCCUUUAACAUCAUGCUGUGUGGGACUGCUGUCUUUCCAUGCAGUGGUGUCUGGAGAAGUGGGUAUACUCUAAUUUUGCCCAAAAGUUCCCAAAUGGCCCACCCAACGAAGGAAAGGCAUCCUGUGUGAAAGUACUAUAUUUUCCUAUACAUUUUUCAGAUGUUCACUCUCAAAAUCACACUUUUUUAAAAUAAAAAAUACCAAAUUGUGACGGUCUAAGGCCACAACAAUGCUUUAACCACAUUAAUCUGAUUAUCUGUCAGGGCCUGGCUCCACAGUGGGCCUCUGUCCACCCAGGCCCAUCCAUGUCUACACCCCGGAUGCAGCACAUGAUGACAAAUAGCCUUCUAACCAACAAUAAGGACUUAACUUUUUCAAUACCUGGUUUGCGUACCCAUUGUUGCCUUAGUUAUCAUUUACUGGUAGAUAUCAUAAGUUGAAAUGUCUGGCCAUAUACCACACCCCAUCGAGCCUUAAAACUUAAGUAGAAGCAAUGCCCACAAAAACAAAAGUGGGUAUAUGGCUUAUACCUGCAUAUACCCUCAACUAGACCACUGGCCCUUUGUGUUUUACAAAAAGUGUACUCUCAUACAUUAGUGCGCCGGUGUUACGGUCCUUUCAGAAUCACGAACCUGUCACAUACAUAAGACCUAUAGGUUCCCACUGCACUGACCUGUCACACACUGAAGACCAAUAGGUUCACCACUGUACUAACCUGUUACACACUGAAGACCAAUAGGUUCACCACUGUACUAACCUGUUACACUGAAGAUCUAUAGGUUCACCAUUGCGCAACAUGUCUAUAACAGGUAUAAAGACUCUUAAGAUACUGUAUCAAUGUUUCAAGAAAGGAGAGUUGUAUAUAUUUGACCUGGCUAAGUGGUUUUAUGCCCUGACUGAAUGGGAGCUGAUAAUUAUUCAUUUUUUUACUCUGCUGGUCUCGGGAAGACAUUUUGAUACCUAACUGUCUGAGACAGAGUCAAGAGUGAGUACAAGACAAGACCGAAACACUCAAUAUGUGGUCUCGAGAAUGGACUCGAGGAACAUUCACUAUCUUCUUGGUAAGCAACUCCAGUGUAGAUUUGACCUUCGGUUUUAGGUUAUUGUCCUGCUGAAAGGUAAAUUCAUCUCUCGGUGUCUGGUGGAAAGCAGACACUGAGAGAUGGUCUCGAGUUCUACAACACCGACAAGGGAUAUAUUAGUGUAAAUAUUGGUAUAGAUAAAAAGGGUUUGUUGUUGAUACUGUAACAAGUGACAAAUGAUAGCCUAUCACCAGGCUGUUAAAUAACGUCUUGUGUCAUUUUUUAUUAACAUGAUUAAUGACUGUAGUAAGACAAUCAGAAUAUCAGAAUUAAAGGGAUUUUGCACAGUAGGGAAAUGUUUUCUUUUACAACUCUAUUUUAUUUUAUGAUGUCAUGUUUAACAAAAAAACAUAUUGUAAUAAAGUCUUAAUGUGGCUAAAGCUGA